AUGGCUCAGGUAGCUCUAGAUGGUAAAUUGUCUUGUCAAAUCCUUCUGACAUUCCGAGUUCUUCCUUCCGACAGGAAAAAAUUUUCCUUCCGACAGGAAGAACUCUUCCUUCCAACAGGAAAAAAUUUUCCUUCCAACAGGAAAAAAUUUUCCUUCCAACAGGAAAAAUUUUUCCAGUUGUCCGUCCGUAAACCAUUCAAAUUUUCGAAAAUUGAGAACUUUUUGGUCGAACUUCAGGAAAAAUUUUUCCUUCCGACAGGAAAAAAUUUUCCUUCCAACAGGAAAAAAUUUUCCUUCCGACAGGAAGAACUCUUCCUUCCAACAGGAAAAAAUUUUCCUUCCGACAGGAAGAACUCUUCCUUCCGACAGGACACAAACGAAUGUCCGACGUACCACCAACCGAGUCCAUUCCAAAGCCAGAAGAACCGACAGCCCCAGCACCACAACAGACUAAGACUAAACACUUACAUUUUUUACGCUUGA